UAUUAUAUCGGAAAGAAUUAAGAUACCUCUACCGUUAAAAAAUAGUGAAAUUAACCAUUAUGUUGCUAUAUCGAUGCCAAAAUGAUAUGGCUUCAACAAAUCACGUUCAGUUGUAAAAAGGAAUCGGUUAUAAGCCAACCCUCGUUUUAGAAUAAACACAAGAAGGAAGGCCACGGGGAAAUUGCAUCGCGGUGUUUGAGAAAUCGCGAACAGGCCAACACACUUACACCCACACACUCCUCCAGGUUUCCGGGGAUCCCAGGCGACAGUCAGGAGUGUCCACAAGAUGGAGCGGUACUUGAGCCGCCGCGAAAGUGGCUUCCACAUCCACCGGAGCGACGACAACUUCGUGAUGCGGCGGAUAUACAGCUCGAUGAACAUGUUCAAUAGCUACCACGCCAACUGCAAGCCCACGGAGGCGGGUCGCACCGGGGCCAUCUUCAACCUGGAGUUCAAUGCCGAUGGCAACGUGGUGGUGGCCGCCACGGAGAGGAAGUGCGUCCUCGUCUUUGACGCCAUCACACAGAAGGAGAUCUUCAAGGUCCCAGACGCCCACACGGAUAGUGUCAAUUGCAUCAAAUUCUUCGACGAGCGUCUCUUCGCCACGGGCUCUGACGACUUCACGGGCCUCUGGGAUCUGCGGAACAUGAAGCAGAUGCGCGUUCUCCACGGCCACUCCAACUGGGUGAAGAACAUCGAGUACUCCUCCAAGGACAAGCUGCUCGUCAGCUCCGGCUUCGAUGGCAGCAUCUUCACCUGGGACAUCAACUCGCAGACGGAACAGGGCCUGAUCUCGCAGAGAGUUUUCCAUGCCAGCGGUCUGAUGCGUUGUCGGAUUUCGCCCACGGGCGAUAAGUUGGUGCUCUGCACAAGCGGUGGCUACAUCAUGAUCAUCCACCACCUGGAUCUCACCACGCUGCACAAGGAUCUUUGCGGAUUCAGGCCCGGUAUCUACCGACUGAUGCAGUUGGGCGAGCAGUAUCCCCAGGCCGCCAAGUACGAUCAUGUGUUCUCCAAGCGCCAGAAAAACCGCGUGGAGCUGGUCACUGACUUCCCAGAGAACAACGACGCCGAGAUGAUCAUGGCCUUGCAGAUUCACCCGCACUGUCGCUGCAUGCUGACCAGAAAUGUCAGCUGCGACGAGCAGAGCGAGUGGACCUGCAUCCAUGACAUCAACGAAGAGCCGUUGCGUAGCGAUGACGAGCAGGAAGAGGUGGAGCCGCAGCCCAAGAGGAAGCGCACGACAACGCUCGCCAACCGCAGCGCGUUGAAUGAACCACAGGACCAGGAUACGGAUGUGCCACCCAGACAGCCACGGAGACCCAUGCGCAGGACUGUUCAGGUGUUCCACCUGGAUAACGCAGGAGCAGGACGGGUGGCUGCUGGCACUGCCUCGGUGUCGACUCGUACGGAUACCUUUAUACCCGACAUCUGGGCGGCGGAGGUAACAGUCCAGGAGCGGGCCAUCCCAAACAGGGCGCGGAACUCCAACAAUCAUGUCAGCGGCUAUAACUUUGUGUACGCCAUCAGCAGCGGAGUGCUCCCGCUGCGACCCUCUGUGGCCAGUCGCCUGAUGGUCAACAGCAGCAGUCCCCGCCUGCUGACCACUCCACCGCCCACGGAGGGCAACCAGAGCAGCAGCAGCAGCUCCAGUUCCAGUAGCAGUAGUUCCAGCAGCAGCAGCUCCAGCUCCAACAGCGACACCACCGUCCGGUUAGAGAUCGGCCAACGGCUGCGCCUGCGACCCUUCAUGCCAGCAGCGGCCACGUCCAAGGAGAAUGGCCACUCAAUACUGGUGAAUGCCAAGAAGCUCCUUUACUACGCCGCCGAGACGAACACCAAGCCGGGCUUCAUCAAGGAGCCGGGAUUCUCGUCGGACGGUCGGAUCGUCUGCUCGCCCUACGGCAACGGAGUGCGACUCCUGGGCUACAGUGAUGAUUGCUGCGACUAUCCCAGAUGCCAGGCGUUUGAGGAGGUGAAACGCGAGCCGCGAAAGCUGGUCGAGCUGGCCAAGAUCACCGAGCACCAGGACGUCGUGCUGUGCGCCAAGUUCAGCCCCAGGGAGCCGCUCCUCGUGACCGGCUGCAAUGGUGGCGAGGUAACCUGGUAUAGACCCAAUCUUUAGACUUCAGUCGAGCCGUGCGAAGAGCGCUCACUGUCAUACUGUAAAUUUUAUUUUCUAUUUAAGCAUAAUUCGACUUAUGUCAAGCAUAUAUUGGCGAAAUACAAGCAACACGAUAAUGGUGGACCGAUUAAGCAGA